AUGGACGAAACACCCUCUCUUUCUCAUGGACACAACCCUCUCAAUCUCACUUCCACUUUCCCUCAUCGGCCAUCCCUCACAUACUCGAUACAUCACCCCCAAACCCGAAAAACAGUACCAAACCUCGACCUCCCCGCUCUCUGCUCGCCCAAAUUCAAGCCCGGCCCACCGACAGACGAAAGCCAGGUUCUCUCAGAUAGGCUGAACGAGGCUCUUGUCACGUACGUCUGUCUCCCAUCCUAUAUACACCUGGCUUAUGGUUUGCAUAUCUGCCCUGGCCUUUCCUUGCCAACCCAACGGACCACGACGUUCUUCUUCCCAACCACCCCACCAAACCAAACACCCAAUCCCGCCCUCCAAAAUACCCUAAAACACAACAACAGCGCCAACACCCUCCCCCUCGAAUCCCUCUGCAUCCAGCCCAACAAAUCAGUCUGGACAAUCUACCUAGACGCCAUCUGCAUAAACUACGACGGCAACGCAUUCGACGCUGCUCUGAUGGCUAUGGUGUUGGCUUUAAAGAAUGACCCAACAUCCUUCGAAGAACCCCUCCUCAACGACACACUCACCAUCAUCAUGGAUGACAAAGCAGAAUUCAUCUCCGUCUCCCACCUCGGCGUCGGAUCCACAAAACACGAAGACGCCUUGUCCUACUGUAUGGAACAAGCAAAGGAACGACAUGCUGCCGUGUUCAAAACCAUUUACUCUUCUUGA